UUGAACCCAUCUCCGACUGCGGCCGGCGUUAUGUCAGAGAUUACAUCCCGCGACCAGUAUAGAAAUAGCCUAUUCGAAACAGCGCUAAAAAUAUACCGAGAAUUCGCCAGUUUUCCUUCAUAUUGCGCCAGGAACGGCCAAACAUUAUCUCGGUCGGUGAAAAAACUGACACUGGAAAUUGUCGAGGAACGUACCGAUCGCGACAGUGUUUCACCGUGACAGUGCCGUAUUUUUUUAUACCAAAAACGUCGGUUUCGCGCGUCCCGUUCUUGUACGUCUUAGGAAAAGAGAAUUUAUUUUUAUAUUCGUCGUUUAGUAUAUAUGUAUAUAUUUAAGUAGUGGACUUUUGUGUUAUUUAAGAUAGAUAUAGUAAGAUAUAAUGUCACAACUGAUGAAAAAGAGGUUUCCUUCCAUCACCAGCAUCGAUGUUGAGUCUGACGGAAAUACGUCCUUUCUGCGAGCUGCCCGAAAUGGCCAACUGGACAAAGUCCUAGAACAUUUGAAAUCAAAUAUCGACAUCAACACUAGUAAUGCCAAUGGCUUGAAUGCCCUUCACCUCGCUUCCAAGGAUGGCCACGUGGAGAUCGUCGAGGAGCUGCUGAAGCGCGGCGCCGUCGUCGACGCGGCCACCAAGAAGGGUAACACAGCGCUCCACAUCGCCUCCCUAGCUGGGCAAGAGGAGGUGGUGAAGCUUCUAGUACAACAUGGCGCCUCCGUCAACGUGCAGAGCCAGAAUGGCUUCACGCCGCUUUACAUGGCCGCGCAAGAGAACCACGACAACGUGGUCAAGUACCUGUUGGCCAACGGUGCUAAUCAGAGUCUCUCCACAGAGGACGGAUUCACACCACUGGCGGUAGCAAUGCAGCAAGGCCACGACAAAGUAGUUACGGUCCUUUUAGAAAACGACACGCGGGGGAAAAUCAGACUCCCAGCUUUGCAUAUAGCUGCUAAAAAGGAUGACGUCAAGGCGGCUAAACUGCUCCUUGAAAACGAACAUAACCCAGACGUUACUUCCAAAUCCGGCUUCACGCCUCUUCACAUUGCCUCCCACUACGGCAACCAACAAAUCGCCAAUUUGUUGAUCCAGAAAGGCGCGGAUGUCAACUACGCCGCCAAGCACAAUAUCACGCCGUUACACGUAGCCGCCAAGUGGGGCAAGACCAACAUGGUGGCCUUAUUGUUGGAGCACGGCGCCACCAUCGAAUCCAAGACCAGAGACGGACUGACUCCUCUACAUUGCGCCGCCAGAAGCGGACACGAGCAAGUGGUGGACAUGCUGCUGGAACGCGGCGCACCCAUCAGCUCAAAAACGAAAAAUGGAUUGGCUCCUUUACACAUGGCAGCACAAGGCGACCAUGUAGACGCAGCCAGGAUCCUGCUCUAUCACCGCGCUCCUGUUGACGAAGUCACCGUAGACUAUCUGACGGCUCUUCACGUGGCAGCGCAUUGCGGACACGUCCGUGUUGCCAAGCUGCUCCUAGACAGACAGGCAGAUGCCAAUGCCAGGGCCCUCAAUGGCUUUACACCACUGCACAUAGCCUGCAAGAAGAACCGGAUCAAAGUGGUUGAGCUGCUACUGAAGCACGGAGCAAGUAUCGGCGCCACCACCGAAAGCGGUCUAACACCACUACAUGUAGCUAGUUUCAUGGGUUGCAUGAACAUUGUUAUAUACCUACUACAACACGACGCUAAUCCAGACGUACCAACUGUCCGUGGAGAAACUCCCUUACACUUGGCUGCAAGAGCGAAUCAGACUGACAUAAUCAGGAUACUCCUCCGAAACGGUGCUCAAGUAGACGCCAGGGCCAGGGAACAGCAAACUCCCCUCCACAUAGCGUCACGUCUCGGCAACGUAGACAUAGUCAUGCUCCUUCUUCAACACGGUGCAAAAGUAGACAACACCACCAAAGACAUGUACACUGCUCUGCACAUCGCAGCCAAAGAAGGACAGGAUGAGGUUGCCGCCGUUCUUCUAGACAACGGCGCCUCCCUAGACGCCACUACGAAGAAAGGUUUCACCCCGUUACAUCUAGCCUCAAAGUAUGGACACCUCAAAGUGGCUAAGCUGCUCCUCCAGAAAGAAGCGCCUGUGGACGCCCAGGGGAAAAAUGGCGUCACUCCGUUGCACGUCGCGGCACACUAUGAUCACCAGAACGUAGCGUUGCUACUUCUUGAUAAAGGCGCGUCUCCACAUGCGACAGCCAAAAACGGACAUACUCCUCUUCACAUAGCGGCAAGGAAGAACCAGAUGGACAUAGCCAAUACCCUCUUGGAAUAUGGAGCGCAACCAAACGCAGAAAGCAAAGCUGGAUUUACACCACUACAUCUCAGUGCUCAAGAGGGUCAUGCCGACAUGUCGUCGUUGCUUUUGGAGUACAAAGCUGACCCUAACCACGAAGCAAAGAAUGGACUCAGGCCGAUUCAUUUGUGCGCUCAAGAAGACCGAGUACCAGUGGCGGAAGUCCUGGUCCAAGCCAAGAACGGCGCUGACGUUAACGCGGCCACUAAGGGUGGUUACACACCCCUGCACAUAGCCAGUCAUUACGGCCAGAUCAACAUGGUGAGGUUCCUUCUGCAGCAUGGCGCAGAUGUGAAAUCUACCACAUCACUGGACUACACCCCCUUGCAUCAAGCCGCUCAACAGGGACAUGCGAAUAUCGUCAAUAUCCUGUUGGAGCAUAACGCUGAUCCUAACGCUGUGACAACGAAUGGACAAACACCUUUGAACAUAGCCCAGAAGCUGGGCUACAUCACUGUGAUCGAAACUCUGAAGGUUGUGACCACCACCACCACUAUUACCACCACAACCACCACCAACAUUGAGGAAAAAUACAGGGUUCAAGCCCCAGAACUGAUGCACGAGACCUUCAUGUCAGAUUCAGAAGAAGAAGGAGGGGAAGACACGGUACUGGGCGACCAGACCUACAGGUACCUUACGGCAGACGAGAUGAAGUCCUUGGGAGACGAUUCUUUGCCCAUCGACGUAACCAGAGACGAAAGAAUCGACUCGAACAGGAUGGUUUCCAGUGCAGACAGCAACAUGCUACCUCCUCAACACAUAGAGGAUAGUAUCAGUCCUGAGCACGUCACUCAGAAUUAUGUGGAGUACAUCAAGAAGUACACUCCGGAUAAUGUCGAUCUUGGCAGACAUCCCAUCAAUAUAGGGAAGCUUCACUGGAAGAAUUUCCUGGUUUCAUUCCUAGUGGACGCCAGAGGCGGAGCAAUGAGGGGGUGCAGGCAUUCAGGCGUCAGAGUAAUAGUGCCACCUAGAUGCGCUCCUAGCCCAACAAGGAUCACUUGCAGAUAUGUGAGACCACAAAGAACGCCUCAUCCGCCUCCCUUGAUGGAGGGCGAAGCACUGGCCAGCAGGGUGUUGGAACUCGGGCCAGUGGGAGCCAAAUUUUUAGGGCCAGUGAUCAUCGAAGUGCCACAUUUUGCUGCUCUUCGUGGUAAAGAACGCGAAAUCGUGAUUCUCCGAUCAGACAACGGCGACUCUUGGAAAGAACACACAGUAGAUGCAACUGAGGAGGUUCUCAAUGAAGUUCUCCACGAUAGCUUUGAAGCAGAAGAUCUGAAUCAGUUGGAGGACAUGUCCUCGGGUCGUAUCACCCGUAUCGUCACCCAGGACUUCCCCCAGUACUUUGCCGUGGUCUCGAGGAUCCGUCAGGAAGUUCACGCUAUUGGACCUGAAGGUGGCAUGGUGUCCAGCACGGUGGUGCCCCAGGUACAAGCCGUCUUUCCCGAGGGAGCCCUUACAAAGAAGAUCAAAGUGGGACUACAGGUAAAUCUGUUCAAACCACGGAAAGGUGUGCCGUUGGAAAAAUUGCGUAAGAUCACCGUCAACCACAUACCAAAAAAGAAACGGUGGUCGUUGAUUUGGUAAAACAGACCAUGGGGAGGGGAAAUAAUCCUCAGAUUUUUUUGGUAUUUCUUGAAGUUCGCGAUAUCCAUCUUACCCUUCUUUACUUUUGUUCCAUUGCUAUUAAAAUAAAUUUUGAGCAUUGUUACUUUUACAACGAAGAGUUCUUGGCACUAUUGAAGUUAUGAAUUUGCAAAGC